CUGGUUAUACUGCACGUAUAGGCCAACUUUUAGAAGCGCUUCAAGAAGUUGACAGCGAGCUUGAAAAUGUUGAUAUUGAUAGUCCAUUUAGUAGUCAAUUAAGCGGUGAACUAAUAAUAACAUUCGACCAAGUUUCUAUUUCAUCUCCAUCUGGCCACCAAUUACUAUCCGAUUUCAAAUUCUUUAUAGAACAAGAAAAAAAUUUAAUGAUAAUAGGUCCUAAUGGUAGUGCGUUGGACGAAUCAUCAAGCUCAUUAGAUUCAUAUAUAGAAUCGCAAAUUUUUGAAACAUGUAAAGAUCUGGGGAUCACUACCAUAACGGUAUCACAUAAUAAGAAUUUAUUAAAAUAUCACGAUAAAGUGUUAUUAUUGGAUGGAAAAGGCGGUUAUUCUACUAGUGAUAUAGAUAUCAAUGGAUGUGAAGAUGUGUGGAGUCCCAAUUUGAAACUUCAUCCACCAUAUCCUUGUGAAGGCGGUUAUUAUCGGGAAGAAUCUAUAAUGUUAUUAAGGAAAUUUUUCGUUAGAGAAAAUGAAAAUGUACCAAAGAAAAAA